CCAGCUUCCUUCUUCCGUCUUCCAUGGAAAUACAAGAGCUUGAGUCCUGUGAAAAACCGUGAGCAAUAUAUUCUUCUGCACACUAUUUCUUGUGACCUCCUCUGAAUUCUGAUCACAUUCCACUUUCCCACACUGUUGCCUGUGAUUUGCUUCAAUACCAUCUGCGUUCGUGCACCCCACCCUAGCCUUUAAAUAUAUAGCUAACUUUUCCUUCUCAUUUCACACCCACGGCCAGCAUCCAAAACUUUUCCUUGCUUACCAAGCUGAUCAAUUAUUCAAGAGAAAGAAAUUAGCUAGAAAGGAAAAGACAAGGUCAAAGACAUGAAGGGUUUUGUUUAUUGUCUUUCUGUUGUACUUGUUAUUGUUAAUCUUCUGGUUCCCGAAGUUAUGUCCGCGAGGCACAAUCGCUGGUCACGCUCACGUCAUGGAGGCCAUGGCAAUGCACAUUCCAGUACAGAGCCUAAACCAAAAGAUGGGAUGAACAUGGCAAAACCAGAUUUCUAUAAGGAAAGGAAACCGUUUAAGAGAAAUGGACACGAUACAGUCCAAAUUGCAGGGUCAAGCUUGCCCGACUGCUCUCACGCAUGUGGCUCCUGCUCGCCAUGUCGACUAGUCAUGGUGAGCUUCGUUUGUGCAUCCCUUGCAGAGGCCGAGACGUGCCCUAUGGCUUACAAAUGUAUGUGUAAUAACAAGUCUUAUCCUGUUCCUUGAAGCUAGCUCAGAGAUCAUAAGAUUUCAUGCAUCUCCUAUUUUGAUAUGCUACUUUUCCAGAAUAUUGUAACAACAUUGUAUCCUCGACCAUCCUCUCUUUCAUCUUCUCUUUUAACUUUCUACCCUUUUUUUCUCUCACCCCUUUAUGGGGGGGCCUCCAAAAAUUUCCCGGGAUUUUCUUGGUUCGCUAGACAAUAUUGUAAAUUUUCCCAUUCGGAUGUUCGAGCUAGUACUGAGAAAGUACUUCCUAGCUAGUGAGUGGUUUAUCUACUUUAUUCAAGAAAUCUUGCUUUCAACUGAUCUUCAUGAUCUUUUGAGUUGCACUUACAAAUUAAAGAAUUGUUAGCGAUUUACUUCUUCGCAAUUUAGAGGUGUUGAUUAAUUUGAAAUGUUCAAUAUGAAUAGUAAGGAAAAGAUUCCUCAAGUGGGCCUCCAGUUUUUAGUACUACUCGAAAUAUGCAGAUAAAUCUUGAUAAGCACUAAAUGUAAAUGUUGUAGAGCCCACUUGAUGUGUGUAUCUCUAUUUUGGCCGAAGGUGCUCAAAUUCUGAUAACAUCGUGAAGGAAUCUUAAUUCGAAUAUUACCAAUGAGAUAUUCUAAAAUAUUAUUCACCUUGUUUCUUAUCAGUACAAUACUGCUACAGACAGGCAUAAGUCUGUGCCUGUAUACGAACUCCACUGAUUUGGCAUUUUGCCACAUUAGCAAUUAUAUUAAAAAAUAAAAAAAAAUGAAAAAGCAACGCAACGGGAAGAAUCCGUUCAUUCAAGCUCGGAAGAAGGAGAAAACGCAGCUGCACAUUUCAAUCUUCAUCCGAAGAAGAAGAAAACGAAGCGUCAGAUCUCGUCCAUGCUCUCUCUCAGAUCUCAUAAAUAUCUUCUCAGUUUUCUUCCUCGACGUCGUUGAGUUCUCCGCGUAGAGUCUGAUCGGUGUGGUUCAAGAGGCAGAGAGGAGUGAGGAGGUGUGCAUCAGGGGACCAAACGUGACAAAGGGCUACAAAAAUAACCCAGAGGCUAAUAAGGCUCCGUUUCGGUUCAGAUGGUUUCAUACUGGUGAUCUCGGGUAUUUGAAUUCAGAUGGGUAUUUGCAUCUAGUUGGUCGGAUCAAAGAUCAGCUCAUUAACCGUGGAGGUAUUGAAUCUGAUUUUCUUACAAACGAAAAAGAAAAUGAUGUUAUUUUCAAUGUUGAAGAGUUUCUUCUUUGCCACAUUUCCAAAACCGACCUGUACCAUCCUGCCUACUAUAUUUUCAUGGAGCAUUUGAAAGUUUGCUGAGUUUUGUAAGGUGGGUUUUAAAUUUAACAAUCUAUGUUGCAGGGGAGAAAAUAUUGCCAACUGA